CAAACUUUCAGAACGCCUCAAGACCCAUGAGGACCGUCGCUGAGUGUCAUCAACAACAUUGCGGUUUCGGAGAGGGUUGAUUUCGAUUGAACUGUCAAGAAAAUCGAUAAUUCCAUUGCGACUGCUGGAAAGACUGUCUAUUUCUCCCUCGUCGCCACCAGAGCCAAGAUGCUCGGAAAAACCUAUGUUGACGUGCUCAACCUUUUGCAAUACGAAUUCACUCUUCCUGAGAACGAGGAGACCUGGAAAAAGCGCCAAGACCUUCUCUCUUCGCUCUCCGACAUCUUCGAACAACGCAAGGAGAACAGUGUUCUUCCACGAGACUUUGUCGAAAGAGUCAAAGCCAUCUUGCCCCAAAUUGUGGAAGCUGCCUCCUCUGAGCGGACCACCUUGUCUGCUUCAGCCUGUCGUACGCUCUGCCACAUUGCGAAGAAUCUCGAGAAUCAAAUCCUACCUCAACUCGACAUCCUUCUUCCUGCACUCCUAGUCCUUUGUGGCUCUACCAAGGGUGUCAACCAGAAGAAUGCCAACGAUGCUAUCACCGUCAUCUGCCAGCACGCCGGCUACAGCCCACGUCUCUUCUACCACAUUUGCUCUGCUUUCAGAGACAAGAGAAUUCCUCCUCGCACUUUUGCACCGGAAUGGCUUCGCAUCCUUCUCAAAACCUACCGCACCCAGAUGGAUGCAGAGAAAGAUGGUCACGCAGCACAAAAGGCCAUCUUCCAGGGCCUUACCGAUGGACAAGUCAAAGUUAGAGAAAACUCUCGUGCAGUCUACUGGGAGUUCGCCAAAUAUGACGUUCAGGGAGCUCGUAUGAUUAUGGGUGGCCUCAAUUCUCACGCUCAAGCUGCCCUCCGUGACGAUCCUCACAAUCCAGACAAAUCUACCAAAGGCUCCAGAGCUCCAAGGCCAGACUCUGCCCUUGCUCAGAUCAAAGCACAAUCAAAGCAACGGUUGCAACAACAUCGUGGGUUUACACCAGCAUCAGUCAAACCGGAAGACUUCAUCUUCGGCUCUUUGGAGGGCAUCAAUCCCACGGCAGAUGACAAACAACCUGCUCCCAAAGCUGCUUCCGAGCAUGCCAAAGACAAGCAAGACAAACACGUCCAAGAAAACUCUCAUCCGAGCGAGCCAGCAGGAGGCUCUCGUCAUGGUUCACGUCCAAACUCCCAAAAGUCCUCCAAGGACUCCAAACUCGACAAUGCCAAAGAUCUCAAGACUGCGAGUCCGCAGACUGAGGCACGUCCAUUGUUGUCGGCACCGGUCAGAAGAGGCCGCAUUGUUGCUACACCAAUCUCUGCUGUCUCAAACACCUCUCAGCGUCCUGGGUCUCGUGGGGAACCCACCAAGAAAUCUGUUGACUCCAGAGACAAGGGUGCUACUGAAAAAGCAUCUGGUCGGCAAACUCCAGUCUCACAUUCCAACAAAGACUCCAUCUCGUCAACUGCCAGCCACCACCGCAAGACUGCGAGUCGUCACGAGACCCUGAAAGCUGAAGCAAAGGAGCUUUCGGCCUCUACAAACCAAUCACAUGGCAGGAAGACUGGUCGGCAGACACCAGUUAUUGCGGAGGACAAGGAGCCAAUUGCUCCUCCCAUUGCCGAGCCUGUCAAACACGAAGAACGUCAAAUUCCGCUCAUUAUCGAAGAGAAAUACAUGUCGGCUCCUGCUGUCUACAAAGACAUCCUCAAGGAAAACGUGCUUGGCGAGCAGCCACCUGCUGCAUCGACCUUGCCGCUCCGUCCAGUUCAAGCGCUCGCACCCGAGAUCCAGAUGCCUCUACCAGGACCUGCAACUGACAGCUUCACAACCAUUGAAUACACUCCGGAGGGCAAGGAGAACACCAACAUUAUCCAAAAACACACUUACAAAUCCCCAACUCGAUCAUCACAUCGAUCACCAAGUCGUUCACCAAAACGACGUAACAGCAUCGCAUCUGCCAGAAAGUCUCUGGCCACCGCCAUGGAAUUCCUCCGCCAUGGAACCCUUGAUGCUCUCGGCUAUCGCAGGCUUAGAAAGCUACUCGAGAAUCAUCGGAGUGUCUUGAUCACUCGCCAGUCACAGUUUAACGAACUAUUUGAACUCCUUAUCACCAACCUGGCAUCCUUGGACGAGAUCGCUGAACGCAGAGAUAAGAGGAUCGGCAACCUCAACCAUCCUGCCUACAACAGACACACUAUUGUUAUCAUGUUGAUGGAUCUCUUUGAUCAAUAUCCUCAGUACCCCGAGCCACAGCCAGGCAUGACCUUGUGUGCACUUAUUAUUGCAAGAUGCAAUCACACUACUGGUUUUGCGUCAGCUCUUACAGCCAUCGACAUUACUGCUCGCAACCUCUGUAUGACCACCCCAAAUCCGCUGCCUACUAUCGACGCAGUCCUGGACACACUACAAUCGAUUGAAAAUAUCAUUAACGAUAAUGAUCCUAUUAUUACACCUAAAUCAACUACCACUCUCCUUUGGAAUAGUCUUCAGAGCGUUGCAACAGACUUUGGACCUGAAAAACCUCGCUUCUCCACCAGACUACCUGUUAUUUUGGCCUUUGGGUUGAAUCUGCUCAACUUCCUCCUGGCCCGAGUCUCUGCCUGCGGUCAGACUCUCUACACCAUUCAAGAGGACCGUUUGGCGUCGUAUGCAGAACACCUGCUCUCAACCUACUCAUCCCUCAUGAGACGACACAUCAUCACCUUCUGCAAAGCACUCCAUUCCAUCAUCAAGCCAGAGAGAAGAUUCUACAACUACUUCAGUAAGGAAUCAGACAAGAACCUCAUUCAUUACUAUGUGGCUGGUGCUUCAGGUAUGCCCAGUGGAAGCUUGGGUAACACAGGAAGAGUCGUUAUGCCGGACGAGGACUAUGAUGACAUGCAUAUGGAAUCAGAGCCGUCGACAUAUGAUCCUGGCUCGCAGGUGUCCGCCGAUUGGAAGCUCCUUGGAACUACGUUGAGGCACGGAGUCUAUGGACAACAGAUGGGUCCAGGGACUGUUGAUGUUACAAGGGUUGGUUUUGCUUCGUCAGAGGAAUCUUCAGCCAAUUGGGAGAUCCUGGGAGUCACUGCUGAUGAAUGAAGGAGCGACAUUGUAUUAUUACGAGUAUUAUUAUGAAGGGCAUGGGUAUCCUUAUUAUUGGUUAUGGGAUUGGUUAUGGUUAUGGUUAUGAGAAGGAGUUCAGACUCAAAUGAUGGAGACACAGAACUUCAAUGAAGGCGUUUGACAAUUA